AUGCAGCAACUUCUCUCCUCCUCUUCUUCCUCAAACCCCAGCUUCGCUCUCUUCUCCACCUCCCCAAACCCUAACCACCUCUCCAAAUUCACCUUCAAAAUCCCCAUUCUGCCCCGCUGCUCCUCCCGCGACUCCUCCACCCAGCUCCUCGACCACGACGACCGCGCCAUAACCAAUGCCGCCGCGCCGGACACCAAACCAGUGCUCGUCGUCCGCCGCCCCGAGAUGGAGCUCCCCUCCGACGAGGCCGCCUCCCCGCUCGACGUCGGCGUCGGCGAGUUCGCCAAGAAGAUUGCGAUAUUCGAGCCUGACGACCGCGCCGCCGAGUCGAAUCCGAAGGAGAAGCCAUUGAAGGUCAACUUGGACUUGGCGCUGUACAGAGCGAAGAUCUUGACCAGGAAUUACCGCUAUGCGGAAGCACAGGAAUUACUGGAGAAGUGUAUAUGUUAUUGGCCGGAAGAUGGGAGAGCUUAUGUGGCGUUGGGGAAGGCCUUGAGCAGGCAGUCGAAAAUGGCCGAAGCUCGAGCUGUGUAUGAGAAGGGCUGCCAAGCCACUCAAGGAGAGAAUCCAUUCAUUUGGCAGUGUUGGGCUGUUUUGGAAGAUAAGGUGGGGAAUACAAGGAGGGCAAGGGGAUUGUUUGAUGCGGCGACGGUUGCUGAUAAGAAGCACAUUGCGGCGUGGCAUGGAUGGGGAGUCUUAGAGCUAAAGCAGGGGAAUAUCAGUAAGGCGAGGCAUCUGCUCGCCAAGGGUUUGAAGUUUUGUGGAGGGAAUGAGUACAUAUACCAGACGCUGGCGAGAUUGGAAGCUAAAGCAAGUCGAUAUGAGCAGGCUCGGUACUUGUUUAGGCAGGCCACUAGAUGCAAUCCCAAGAGUUGUGCCAGUUGGCUUGCGUGGGCUCAAAUGGAGAUGCAACAGGAAAAUAACCCUGCUGCUAGGAGACUUUUUGAGAAAUCAAUACAGGCAAGCCCAAAGAAUAGGUUCGCAUGGCAUGUCUGGGGACUUUUUGAAACUAAAAUGGGAAAUGUUGAGAAGGGGAGAAAGUUAUUAAAGAUUGGUCACACGCUCAAUCCAAGGGAUCCAGUCCUCCUUCAGUCUCUUGCUUUAUUGGAAUAUGAACACUCGACUGCCAAUGUUGCUCGACAGUUGUUCAGGCGAGCAUCUGAGUUGGAUCCAAGGCAUCAACCAGUUUGGACGGCUUGGGGGUGGAUGGAAUGGAAAGAAGGAAACAUCGCCACAGCAAGGAAAUUAUACCAAAAGGCAUUGUCUAUUAACUCAACUAGUGAAACUGCUGCUCGCUGUCUGCAGGCUUGGGGAGUUCUAGAAGAGAGAAAUGGUAACCUAUCAGCGGCCCGAAGAUUAUUUAGGUCUUCUCUCAAUAUAAAUUCUCAGAGUUAUGUUACAUGGAUGACUUGGGCAUCAUUGGAGGAAAAUCAAGGGAACUCUGCCCGUGCAGAGGAAAUUCGAGAUCUUUAUUUCCAGCAGCGCACAGAAGUUGUGGAUGAUCCUUCAUGGGUUAUGGGAUUGUUAGACAUCAUAGAUCCAGCACUUGACAGAAUCAGGAGUGUCUUGAACUUGGAUCAGGCCUCACAACAAAGUCGACUAGAUUCUCUCAGAACAAUACUAGAAGGACAAAGUGGAAAGAACGUUGAGGAAGAGUCAGUGAGCAAUGACAUGGAAAGUGACACUGGCUUUGAUGUGGAUGCUUUCUGUCUAGAAAGAUUAUCUUUGGAUCCAUCUAAGCUACAAGUUCAGAUGGUCUUCUCACCGCCUCCACCAGUAAAGAGAACUAGAGAGAAAGUCUUUAAAUGAUUUGGACAUUUGGUGAUGGAGAAAUCUGUUGUGUUAAUGAUGAAGGUUGGAGUAGCUUUAUGGUGCUCCAAUAUAGAUAACAGUACAGCAUCCCAGUCUGAGUCGUAUAUAGAAUUCAAGAUUACCACACCCUUCAUUUCUGUCUGGUGCAAGCGUUGGGGAUAGAGUGGCUUGCUUUGGUAGGUUUGGUGGUUUGUAGGUGAUGUAUCAUGUAUGAGGCUUGCCCUGUAUAUCUCAUGCCUCGAGCGUAAGGUAACUAGAUAAGAUUUACACUAAGCCUUAAUUAGGCUGUCCAUAGCCCUUUGACCCUUUCACCCUUUGUAAUUAACUUACUGGAAUGCCUCGACAGCAAAACCAUUUGUAAUGGGAUUCAGCAUAAG